CACCCAUGCUCUCAUUGGCUGCUUCCCGUAUGUACCCUGACCAGGAUCCUGCAACCCCAAUUUAUAGGAACAAUGCUCCAACCAACUGAGCUACUUGGCCAGGGCUUAAGUUAUUCUCUAAAACAGCUUUUUAGCCUUCAUCCAAUCUAAACAUUGAAAUGAGAAAGUGAUAAAAAUGAAAACAAAAUUAAACACAAACAAAUAUGUAAGACAAAUAUGGUAGUCAACUCUCAUGACUUCUUAAUUUAUUAUUAGCUAUUUAAAUGAAAUGGCUUUUAUGUAUAACAAGAAAUCUGAUUGACAUUUUCACCAAUAUAAAAUGGUGACAUUUCACCAUUAUAAAAAUCCAAGUCCACUUUUUCUGUUUAUGCCAGGAAAGUUCAAUUUGUAUAAUCAACCAAAUGAGAUUGACUAAACACCCAGAACACACCUUUAUGAAUUUAUGUAGUAAAUUUAUUAAUUACUCUGUGUGUUACUUCAUGAACUACUGUGUAUAUUGAUAAAGCAUAGGCCAUUCUUUUUAAAAUAUAUAUAUUUAUUGAUUUCAGAGAGGAAGGAAGAGGGAGAGAGAGAGAAAAACAUCAAUGAUGGGAGAGAAUCAUUGACCGGCUGUCUCCUGCGUGCCCCCUAGUGGCGGUUGAGCAACAUGGGCAACCCAGGCAUGUGUUCUGACCAGGAAUGGAACCAUGACCUCCUGGAUCAUUGGUCGAUGCUCAGCCACUGAGCAAGCAUGGGCCAUUCUUUACCACCUAGGGAUCACCACCAGACUGGUGUAGGACAAAUCAACAUUUUGAAAUUCAAUUAUUAGAAUUUAGUAGUAAACAUUAUUCAGAUAACUUCCACAAAAUACAUGAAGUAGAAAAAAUAGGACAAUUCUAUUGUUGCAAAACAGAAAUAGAGAUUGGAAGCCAAAUAUCUUAAAUAGCAGAAUGUGUAAUGUUUAAUAGUUGGAAAACUCAAUGUUGGGAAUUAUGUCAGUUCUCCCUAAUUAAUCUAUAGCUGUAAUAAAUCCUAAACAAAAUUUCAGUAGAUUUCUUUGUGGAAAUUGACAGACUGAAUCUAACGUCUAUAUAGAAAUACAAAGGGACAAUAAUAACCAAAGCAGUCUUGAAGAAAAAGAAUAGAACUGGAGGACUUAUCCAUCAGAUAAUAAACCUAUUAUGAAGCUACAUUAAGGCAAUAUUGUAUUACAGGAUAAACAAAAAAAAACAUUGAAAAAAUUCUUAAUAGACCUAUGGUUACUGAUUUAUUGAUUGACACUUAUUUUAUUAAGUGACACUUCAGAAACAAUGGGGAAUGGAUCCUCUUUUCAAUAAAUGGUAGAAAAUCACUUGGAUGUUUAAAUGAAAACAAAAUUUUUGACCCUAAUCUCAUUCAUAUGAAGAAAAUUAACUUCAAAGGAUUAUAGCUCUAAAUGUGAAAACUAAAGUAAUUAAUUUUUCAAAAACACCAUACAAGAAUAUUUUUAUGAUGUUGGGGUGUGCAAAGACUUAAAGAGAAAACAAAUGGUCCUAACCAUAGCCAUUGAGAAAUAUCGACAGUUUAGACUAUUAAAGUUUAGGAAGUUUGGUUCAUGAAAGAUGCCAUAAGAGAGUUAAAAUCCACGCCACAGCGUGGGAGAAGAUAUUUGCAACACAUAUUUCUGAAAAAGUACUUUUACCCAGAAUAUAUUAAGAACUUCUAAAGACGAAUCAGAAAAAAAAAGGCAAAUAUCCCAAAUAGAGAAAUAGACAAAAGCUUUUCAAGAACUUACAAGAAUGUAUCCUAAUGGCAAUAAGCAUGUGGAAAUGUGCUCAAUUUAAUUGAUCAUCAUGGAAAUACUAAAGUUACAAUAUAUCAUCCCACACUGACCAGAGUGGUUAAUAUUAAAAGACAAUGUCAAAUGUUGAUAAGGAUAUGGAGCAACUGGAACUCUCACUCUUUGCUGGUUUGGGUAAAACUGCAUUUGAAAACUGUUUUGCAAUAUCUGCUAAAGCUAAAUAUAUGUGUACACCUUAAUGCACAGAAACCUAACUCGUAGGAAUAUAUUAAACAUAAAUGCACACUCAGACACCAAAAGAUGUGUACGAGAAUGUUUAUAGCAGCAAUACUAAAAAUAUCCCCAAACCGGAAAACCCCAAUGUCCAUCAACUGAAGAAUGAAUAAACAAAUCAUGAUAUAGUCAUACAAUAGAAUGUUAUAAAGCAAUGGGAAUAAAUCAGAACAAUAUACAACAGAUACAUUUUACAAACAUAAUGUUGAGGGGAAGAAGGAAAACACAAAAGAGCAAAUACUCUGUAACUUCGUUUGUAUAAAUGUUCAAAAAAUACAAAAUAAUAGAAGUUAGGAGAGUGCUUACCUUUGGGGGGGGGGUGGGUAGUGGCCAGACAAAGACAGAAGGAGGCUUGCAGGGUAUUGAUAACAUUUUAGUUUUAAUUUGGCUCUGCUUAUAGGAGUGCAUUCACUUCGUGAAAAUUCUUUGAAUUGUACACUUAUGAUUUGUACCCUUUCCUGAUGUAUGCUAUAUUUAAAGAUAACAGUAAUUUUUGUAGGCUCUGGCCAGGAAGCUCAGUUGGUUACAGUGUCCUCCCCUUACGCCAAGGCUGUGGGUUCCACCUCCUGCCAGAGCACAUACAAGAAGCAAUCAAUGAAUGCAUAAGUGGAACAACACAUCUGUUUUUCUCUCUGUGUGCCUCCUUCCCUCCCCUCUCUAAAAUCAAUAAAUUUAAAAAAUAAUUUUUGUAAAAUUGUAGACGUUUGUAAGCAUUCAUAUCACUUAUUUCUUAAAUAUACUAAAACAGAAAACUCUCAAAAAAAGUUUCUUCACGUACUCAAAAGGUACUUUCUUGAAGAAAGCUCAUACAUCAUUUCAGUUUAUUCUGAAAAGUAUUCUUUCACUUAAAGUUAGUGCAGUAAAUGUUUAUUUAGAGCUUCCAAUAACUAAGAACUGGAGGUUUCUGGGACUUAAAAAGAUAUUGAUACACACCAGAGUUAUAAAUUGGAAUGAAGAGCAAAUACUAUUUGCAAUAGUAAGUAUGGACGCCUGGUGGCGCUGCAGGCUAGGAGUUCGAAUGAAGAGCUCUGUGGACCCGGGUCGCCAUUAAGCUGGGAAAUCAGAACGUUGACUGCUUCCUAAAAGAAGGCAGCAUUUCAGGCAGAGAUCUUCAGAGAGGGCAUCGUUCUAGUGCGACUCAGCCAGAAAGAUCUAAUUCGAGGUUAUUUACCGAAGCCCUCUGGAUUGAUUGUACCGGGUUGAAGAAACUGCACCUUCUUGAACUGGGUCUGAACAAUGGAGACCACGCUGGCUGAAACGCCGCGGAAAAGGCAAGUUGUCUUUCUUGUCAUAUUGUUGUUUUUGUGGGAGGCUGGCUCAGAAGCAGUUAGGUACUCCAUGCCAGAAGAGACGGAAAGUGGCUCCUUUGUGGGCAACCUGGCAAAAGACCUGGGGCUCAGGGUGGGGGAACUGGCCACUCGGGGUGCGCGAAUCCAUUACAGAGGAAACAAACAGCCCUUGCAGCUAGAUAUAAAGACAGGGGAUUUGCUUCUAUAUGAAAAACUAGACCGGGAGGUGCUGUGCGGGGCUACAGAUCCCUGUAUACUGCAAUUCCAACUGUUACUGGAAAAGCCGGUGCAGUUUUUUCAAGCUGAUCUGCAGCUCACGGAUAUAAAUGACCAUUCCCCCGAGUUCCUAGACAGGGAAAUGCUCCUAAAAAUCCCAGAGAACGUCCAGCCAGGGACUGUGUUUCCUUUGAAAACAGCUCAGGACUUGGACAUAGGUAGCAACACUGUUCAGAACUACUCAAUCAGCCCCAACCCCCAUUUUCAUGUUGUCACUCAUAAUUUCGGAGAUGGCAGAAAAUACCCCGAGCUGGUGCUAGACAAAGCGCUGGACCGGGAGGAGCAGCCCGAGCUCAGUUUAACCCUCACCGCGCUGGAUGGUGGGGCUCCGCCCAGGUCAGGGACCACUGCCCUCCGCAUCGAAGUCCUGGACAUCAAUGACAACGCCCCCGAGUUUCUACAGUCUCUCUAUGAGGCACAGGUCCUGGAAAACAGCCCCCUAAACUCCUUAGUUGUUACUGUUUCCGCCAGAGAUUCAGAUGCCGGAACGUAUGGGAAUGUAACUUACACUCUUUUUCAAGGCAAUGAAGUUACUCAACCAUUUGAAAUAGAUGAAAUAACAGGAGACAUUCGUCUGAAAAGGGCAUUGGAUUUCGAGGCAACUCAGUAUUAUAAUAUGCAAAUUGCAGCCACAGACGGUGGAGGCCUUUCAGGGAAAUGCUCUGUAGCUAUCCGGGUGCUGGAUGUGAAUGACAACGCCCCGGAACUGACGUUGUCGAAAGUCGCCAGCUCGACCCCAGAAAACUCCCCUGAGACUGUAGUUGCUGUUUUCAGUGUUUCUGAUCCAGAUUCCGGGGACAAUGGCAGGAUGGUUUGUUCCAUCCAGGACGAUAUUCCUUUUCUCUUGAAACCCACAUUCAAGAACUUCUACACCCUCGUGACAGAGAGGCCACUGGACAGGGAGAGCAGAGCCGAGUAUAACGUCACCAUCACCGUCACCGACAUGGGGACCCCCAGGCUGAAAACCCAGCACAACAUCACCCUGCUGGUCUCCGACGUCAACGACAACGCCCCCGCCUUCACCCAAACCGCCUACACCCUGUUCCUGCGCGAGAACAACAGCCCCGCCCUGCACAUCGGCAGCGUCAGCGCCACAGACAGGGACGCGGGCGCCAACGCCCAGCUCACCUACUCGCUGCUGCCGCCCCGCGACCCGCGGCUGCCCCUGGCCUCGCUCGUGUCCAUCAACGCGGACAACGGCCACCUGUUCGCCCUGAGGGCGCUGGACUUCGAGGCGCUGCAGGCGUUCGAGUUCCGCGUGGGCGCCACGGACCGCGGGUCGCCCGCGCUGAGCAGCCAGGCGCUGGUGCGCGUGCAGGUGCUGGACGCCAACGACAACGCGCCCUUCGUGCUGUACCCGCUGCAGAACGGCUCUGCGCCCUGCACCGAGCUGGUGCCCAGGGCGGCCGAGCCGGGCUACCUGGUGAGCAAGGUGGUGGCGGUGGACGCAGACUCGGGCCAGAACGCCUGGCUGUCGUUCCAGCUGCUCAAGGCCACGGAGCCCGGGCUGUUCGGCGUGUGGGCGCACAAUGGCGAGGUGCGCACGGCGCGGCUGCUGAGCGAGCGCGACGCGGCCAAGCACAGGCUGCUGGUGCUGGUCAAGGACAAUGGCGAGCCCGCGCUGUCGGCCAGCGUCACGCUGCACGUGCUGCUGGUGGAUGGCUUCUCGCAGCCCUACCUGCCGCUGCCCGAAGCGGCGGCCGACCCGGCGCAGGCCGACCCGCUGACCGUGUACCUGGUCAUCGCGCUGGCGUCGGUGUCGUCGCUGUUCCUGUUCUCGGUGCUGGCGUUCAUCGCGGUGCGGCUGUGCAGGCGGAGCAGGGCCGCCUGGGUGGGUGGCUGUUCGGUGCCUGAGGGCCACCUUCCGGGCCACCUGGUGGACGUCACCGGUACUGGGACCCUGUCCCAGAGCUACCAGUAUGAGGUGUGUCUGACAGGAGGCUCCGGAAAUGAGUUCAAAUUCUUGAAGCCAAUUAUCCCCAACCUUCCGCCCCAAGGCGCUAUCAAAGAAACAGAGGGAAACACGACCUUCCAAAGCAACUUCGGAUUCAAUUAGGAAUCUCAUCAUGAUGCAGUGUCUUUUGUAACAUCUUUAAUUUCUCCAGAUACAGAGUUUGAUAGUGUCAUGGACAAAAAUCUCACCUUGGAGUAUAGCCCGGGUUUCCCUUUUUGUAACAUGUUUGUCCAUUGGACUUUAUUUUGUCCAAUUUGGGAAAACUCAAAUAUAGACCCUUGCAUUUGCAUAAUGCCAUUUCAAAUCCCCACCCCACAUGCUGGUGAUGUUCCUGUAAUGUUUUUCCUCUUCCUGGCAUUUGUUGCGAUUAACUGUCUUAUUAAAAUGAAAUAUUAAUUGUA